AUGAAUACAGUUCGCACAGCAAUAAGCUCCGGCAGCGGCCGUGUGAAACUCACAAAUGUCUUCCCUUGGAUUACCUCGCCUUUCAUUGUCGGAGCGCCAAUGCGCGUCAUGUCUGGGCCUCAUCUGGCGUUGGCCGUAUCAAAAGCUGGCGGGCUGGGUUUUAUCGGCCCUGGUGCGAAGCCAGAAGAUACCGGUACAGACCUCAAGACAGUUCGAGAGCUGCUGAACUCCGCGAAAGAAACCUCAUUUCCAGGAUGGUCUCAAUCUGGGGAGAGGUUGCCCGUGGGCGUCGGGUUCCAGCUUUGGAACGGAGACCUUGAUUCAGCGUCCAAGGCUGUAAAGGAGCAUCAACCUUGUGCUGCAUGGUUGUUUGCACCUCGUCAUGGACAAAAGGAGCUUGACAAAUGGACGGCGAGGCUGAGGGAGGUGUCUCCUAGUAUUCACAUUUGGAUACAGAUAGGAACUUUGAAAGAGAGUGUUGAAGCUGCGGAAAGCGCUCAUCGACCAAAUGUGCUAGUCAUACAAGGUGCAGAAGCAGGGGGUCAUGGGAGGGCAACCGACGGCAUGGGCAUCAUGGCCCUCUUUCCCGAGGUGGCAGAUCAAGUCUGCGACUCUGGUAUGCUCUUGAUUGCUGCUGGAGGUAUUGCCGACGGUCGCGGCAUAGCUGCUGCUCUUGCCCUCGGAGCGAAUGGCGUAGCUAUGGGCACUCGGUUUCUCGCCUCCACCGAGGCCCGCAUCAGCAAGGGAUACCAGAAGGAAGUCGUGCGCGCCACCGAUGGUGCUCAAUCUACAACCAAAACGAUGCUGUACAAUCACCUUCGAGGGACGAUGGGCUGGCCUGAGCAGUACAGCCCUCGUGGAAUUGUCAAUAAGAGCUGGCAAGAUCACCAAGCUGGUGUUCCGUUUGAGGAGCUGAAGAAACUCCACGACGAAGCUGCGAAGUCUGGGGAUGACGGUUGGGGCCCGGAUGGGAGAUUGGCUACAUACGCAGGGGCUGCGAUUGGACUUGUGCACAGUGUUGAAGAUGCCGGUGUUCUGGUGAAACGCUUACAAGAUGAGACGGUAGCAAUCAUCAAAAGUCUGCACAGCAAUAUGUAA